AUGGCAGCCUUUAACGAAAGCGAGCAGCAGGCUGCUGCUGGUGCCGGUGAGCCAACACCACCCGGCCCCGCAACUGCCCGCCCGCCGGCGGCCACGCUUGAUGCGCAGCUGUUGAUGGCUGCUCGCCGCGGCGACAGCAAACAGCUCAAGGAUCUGCUGCCGCUGAUCAAGGACGACGACGAGCAGCAAAGCUCGUCCGUGGCGGCGGGAGCACAAGACGUGGUAGUGGAAGUCGAUCCUCGACCUCCUCCUCAUGAUGCUGUUGCACCACUACCCUCCUCUGGAUCGUCGUCACCGCCGCCAGUCCCGGUAGUCCUUGAUGAGGAUGGUGUGACCAUGGAAGGGGACUCCCUGCUGCACGUGGUUGCGGCAUGCGGCGACACGCAGGAGUACCUCGACUGCGCCAAGAUACUGGUCCGCAACAAGAAGCGCAAGGGCGGUGCAGAUGCAGCGCGCCUAGCCCUGGAAGCGCGCAACCGCAAGGGCGACACGCCCCUGCACUGCGCCGCCGGUGCUGGGAUUGCCAGCAUGAUCUCUUGCCUCGUUGAUCUCAUCGCCAACGACACCACCGACGACGAGGCGGGGGCACCGGUGAAGAAGGCGUUCCUGAGGAUGCAGAACGAGUGUGGAGAGACCGCGUUGCACCAGGCCAUCCGCGCCGCUGCCGACAACAAGCUUAAGGUGGCCUGCAUCGACCAGCUGAUGGACGUGGAUUCGGAGCUGGCCUGCAUCCCAUUCCCACAUCAGGAGGAAGAUGCUGGUGCUUCCCCGUUGUACUUGGCUAUCUCACUGGGUGAAGUCGAGAUUGCGCGGCACCUGUAUAGCAAGACUAAAGGCGGCAAGCUGUCCUAUUCCGGACCACAUGGCCGUAACGUCUUGCAUGCAGCGGUUCAUCGUGGCCAAGCGCUGCCUAUGAUUUUGGAAUGGCUCAUCAAGGACAUGAAGCCUAAAGAAGACAGUAGUACUGUGUCUCUUGUGUCGCGACUGACUAGCGAAAGGGACAAGAAGCAGAAGGGAAGCACCCCUCUUCACUUGGCCGCGUCCUUGUCCGGGUGGCCAGGCGCGGGGUUUCUUUGCACACGGUUUCCCCAAGUUUGGCCGACGGCGGAAUCAGUGGCUACACUGCUACUGGAUGCUAACAUAUCCAUGGCAUAUCAGGCGGACGACGAAGGAUCCUACCCCAUACACGUCGCUGCAUGGUCUAACAGCAUCGUUAUCGUGAUCCUGCUGGGGAGGUGUCCGGACUGCGCCACCCUGCGAGAUGGCAAAGGACGGACGUUCCUCCAUGUCGCCGCCGAGGAGGGAUGCCACGAUGUGGUUCGAUAUGUCUGUGGAAAAAUGCCACAGCGAUUUUCAUCGAUGAUUCUGAAUGCGCAGGACAACAACGGGGACACUGCGCUGCACGGCGCUGUCCGUUAUGGGAACCUUGCCGUCUUCAACUGUUUACUUCGGAAUCCACGGGUACGCUUGGACGUGACAAAUAAAGACGGGAUGACACCACUGGAUCUUUCAUGGAGUAUGACCCCUUCAGCAAUUCUUUAUUACGUGCUUAAUCCAAGAAGUGUUGUACGGCUUUCAUUGCUCUUUGCAGGAGCUCCUCAUGGUGGAGGGCUAUGUCGGCCGGAGCUCUUCUGUGAACAACACAUCACCAAAGUAGACGAGGACAAAGAGUCACAGAAACAUACAGAUGCAACGCAAGUGAUGAGCAUUGUCGCCGUAAUUAUUGCGACCGUCACAUUUGCAUCAGCUUUCACGUUGCCUGGUUGUUAUCGAUCCGUCGGGGACUCAUCUAGCAAUAAUCACGCUGGGACGCCGGUGCUUGCUGGGAGCUAUGUUUUCGACGCCUUUAUCCUUGCCGACACCUUGGCAUUCAUCUGCUCCACCUUGGCUACCUUUAGCCUUGUCUAUGCCGGGGUGCCGGCCAUGGCCAUCUCCAUCCGCUGCUACUACUUCAACAAGUCGGCCGUGUUGCUGCAGAGUGCAGGAAGGAGUUUCGUGGCCGCUUUCGCCUUGGCCUUGUACCCGGUGCUGGCUCCAGUUGAUCAUACAAUUGCAGUGACUGUCUGCGUCAUCAUUUUGCAUCUUUGCUCUGGGGAAACGUGGAAGCUUGGCGGGUCACCUGUGGGGCAAACACGGUCCGUGCUCGAAUUGGGAUACGGCGAUUUCCAGUAUGGGCUUACGUACAACAAAUAUUUGAUAGUGUCUUGGUACACUUUUGGUCGUACAUAA